CCCGUCUGUCCCCACCCUAGUAUAAUAUACAGACUAAUUAUAGAUAUGGUGUAUUGUUGCAUUAACUCUGCGAUUGCUCUUGUAUCAUGAUAUUGUUAGCCAGGUUUUUCUAGUUAUUCUACACGAAAUAUAUCGGGCGUUCAUUCCGACUACGCUCUAAUCAAAAUAUUUCGCCUUUAUUAGACUAUUAGUCUAAUCGGUUUUACAAAGCACUGAUUCGUGUCGCGUUUCUUUGCUAGAGGCGUUUGGCGUCCGGAUUUAUUUACAUUUCCAAGUCGUCACCCGUCGCGACGAUAACUGAACGCACAGCGGGAAGUUACAUCAAAAAUUACGGGGCGGAUCGAAAUGUCGACUCGAUGAUGAGCCGAAAUCGUUUCACGUGCAAUUUGGCGUGACCGAUACACAAUAACCUGCCUCAAUGCCUUGUUCUUUCAACAGGGCCUCGCGCGGCGCUUUAGAAUUUAAAGGGCACGCCGCGUGAGUGUUUCCAGGUGCGCAGGAGCACUCAGGUUGAUCUGUUUGCUUAAUUACACCAAGUUCGAAACUGAUUGAUCAAAUAGAGAAGAGUUACCAUAUAGUGCAUUAAAUGGUAUCGUGGUGGUUGCGCAAAUACUAGUACAAAUAUUUUUGCUCUGCGCAAACAGGCGAGGCAUAGCUAUAUACCGAUAAGCAGUACAUUUAUAGUCAUAUAUGUUGAACUUCUGAGAUCUAUUUACUUGUGCGAUAUCCCGAGACAACGAUGGGAGAUCAGGCAAAGGAAAACCUGUCAAGUUCAUCAUACGACAGUUGGUCCAUUGUUGCAGCCGGAUAUGUUGACCCACGUCGCUCAGUAGAUGAGCACCGUAAUCACCGUCGAAUCACUGAUGGCGCUUUACACUGGCAACACCGGCCUCGGGUUUAUCCGUUUAACGAAGCAAAAAGUGCUUCUACCAACGUACUAACACCGAAUGACAGAAGCCAGUACAAGUCGGAUUUCAUUCAAAUGCAACGAAUUCAUCCAGAUUACAGACCAUCCUCAUUAAACAGGCGAAACAACCCCCAUCCAAAUCUAGCGUUUCACGUAAAACACAUGUUAAACCAGAAAGUCCCAGUUGUUCGAACACGGAUGACCAUGGAAGAAUUUAACAGAAAACCUAUGGAUUCGCCUUACGAGUCCAACACUCAUAGAGUUUAUAGAAGAUACAGACAGUCGGAAAUUGUUCGCGCCAAGCCGUCAAGAAAAGUCGAGGCUGCGGUUUCAGGCAUCGUCCCAGAACUCAACGAAAAUGACGACCCAGCUCUGGCGAAAUUGUUUCCAGUGAUACCGAGAAAUUCAAGGCUUACGGCGGACAGGGCGCAGGAACUUACUAAUUCUGUUAUAACACCAAGAAAGAACAAACAUCAGCCACAUUUAUCAGCUAAUGCUUCUGGCCCUGAACAAGUGUUUCCCCAUCUUCCAAUUAAAGAUUUAAAUAAACCAAGUCUAAAGCCAGUUCAAGGUCGUCCUAAUGCAAUCGAAGCAACUUCAUGGGAACCUACACCUAGUGCUCGGACAACUUCGCGUGUUUUCGGAAGAAAACGAGCAGACCCAAACAAAAUCGAGGACGAGGCAAAGGCUAUUGUCCCAGAGUUACCAACGCCCAAAUCCAAAUCGUUAAUGUUUAAAGAGUACGCACAGUAUCCAAAAUACGCUCCACAAAUGAUUAGCGACUUCUAUAGCGGAAAAACUAAGAAAGGAGUAACUCGUCCAUACGUUUACUAGACAAAAACACCACCGCACUAGAAAUAGAAAGUUUUAAAAGACAUUCUGUAUUGUUCACACAAAUACUAACGCAUCGUUUUACUCUCCAAGUCGCUUUGAAAUUUCUUUGCUAAAAGCUUGCGUCAGUAUAUGAGAUAUCUCAUAAUGAUAUUGCCGAAUCCUGUAAAACAACAAUGCCAAUUCAUUUAAAUACGCUCAUUCGCGACACGUUUCCCAACU